CCCGUGGCUCACAAAAUUAGACUUAAAAACCCUUCUCUGCAGGCAUUUGAGCUUUGCCUAAAACCCUGCCAGUCCGAUUUAAUUUGCGGCCGAGCUUGAAACGAAACACCCAGCCUCCACCUUCUAAACUACACAUUUCAUCUCCCAUCUUAAACCCUAAACCCUCCGCCGCAGCCGUUCUACCUCCGUCGCCUCCAUGGCCGUAGCCGCUCUUCUUCGUCGCUCUCUCCGAGGGGCCACCACCGCUGCUCAGCUCUCUGGUUACAGAUCGGCUGCUGCUGGUAGCUCGAGGCCGUCGUGGUCUUUGUCCAGAGGUUUCAGUUCAAAUCCCGCUGGAAAUGAUGUUAUCGGGAUUGAUUUGGGGACGACAAACUCUUGUGUGGCGGUCAUGGAAGGGAAGACACCCAAAGUCAUUGAGAAUGCUGAAGGAGCGAGGACCACCCCUUCGGUUGUCGCCUUCAAUCAGAAGGGCGAGUUGCUUGUCGGCACCCCAGCGAAGCGACAGGCUGUGACAAACCCUACGAACACUGUCUUUGGCACCAAACGUUUGAUCGGGAGGAGAUUUGGGGAUGCCCAGACUCAAAAGGAAAUGAAGAUGGUCCCAUACAAGAUAGUGAAGGCUCCAAACGGUGAUGCUUGGGUUGAGGCUAAUGGGCAGCAGUACUCCCCUAGCCAAAUUGGGGCAUUCGUUCUCACGAAAAUGAAGGAGACUGCGGAAGCAUACCUCCAAAAGGGAGUUUCGAAGGCCGUGGUGACAGUCCCAGCGUAUUUCAAUGAUGCUCAGAGGCAGGCAACGAAGGAUGCUGGAAGAAUCGCUGGCCUGGAUGUACAGAGGAUUAUCAACGAGCCUACUGCAGCUGCACUUUCCUAUGGAAUGAACAACAAGGAGGGGCUUAUUGCUGUGUUUGACCUUGGAGGCGGAACCUUUGAUGUCUCCAUCUUGGAGAUCUCCAGCGGUGUUUUUGAGGUUAAAGCUACCAAUGGUGACACUUUCUUGGGAGGCGAGGACUUUGAUAAUGCUCUGUUGGACUACUUGGUGAAUGAAUUCAAGAAGACAGAGAACAUUGACCUUACCAAGGACAGACUUGCGCUGCAGAGGCUCCGGGAGGCGGCGGAGAAGGCCAAGAUUGAACUGUCAUCAACAAGCCAAACUGAUAUCAACUUGCCUUUUAUCACAGCAGACGCUUCAGGUGCAAAACAUCUGAAUAUUACAUUGACCCGUUCAAAGUUCGAGAGCCUAGUGAAUCACUUGAUUGAAAGGACCAAGGAGCCAUGCAAGAACUGCUUGAAGGAUGCUGGCAUUGCAACUAAGGAUGUGGAUGAGGUGCUGCUUGUAGGAGGCAUGACUCGCGUGCCUAAGGUUCAGGAAAUAGUUUCGAACAUCUUUGGGAAGAGUCCUAGUAAGGGAGUGAACCCAGAUGAAGCAGUUGCCAUGGGAGCUGCUAUUCAGGGUGGCAUUCUCAGGGGAGAUGUUAAGGAGUUGCUUCUCUUGGAUGUCACACCACUGUCUCUUGGUAUUGAGACAUUGGGUGGCAUUUUUACUCGUUUGAUUAGCAGGAACACCACCAUUCCUACCAAGAAGAGCCAGGUGUUCUCAACUGCUGCUGACAAUCAGACUCAAGUCGGGAUCAAGGUUCUCCAGGGAGAGCGUGAGAUGGCAUCCGAUAACAAGAUGCUAGGAGAGUUUGAGUUGACGGGUAUCCCACCAGCACCUAGGGGAUUGCCUCAAAUCGAAGUGGCUUUUGAUAUAGAUGCCAAUGGUAUCGUCACUGUAUCUGCAAAGGACAAGGCGUCCGGGAAGGAGCAGCAGAUCACAAUCAGGUCAUCAGGAGGGUUAUCAGAGGAUGAGAUUGAGAAGAUGGUGAGGGAGGCUGAGCAGUUUGCUCAGAAGGACCAAGAGAGGAAGGCCUUGAUUGAUGUGAGAAACUCUGCCGAUACCACCGCCUACAGCAUCGAGAAGAGCCUGAAUGAGUACAAGGACAAGGUUCCCUCGGAAGUGGUGAAGGAGAUUGAAGAUGCUGUUGCAGAUUUGAGGGCGUCAUUGUCGGGAGACAACGUGGACGAGAUCAAAUCCAAAAUUGACCUUGCAAACAAGGCUUUGUCUAAGAUUGGGGAGCACAUGUCCAAAGGCUCUUCAGGCGGAGGCAGCGACGGUUCUUCCGGUGGUGCUCAAGGCGGCGGCGACCAGGCCCCCGAGGCAGAAUAUGAGGAGGUGAAGAAGUGAAGGAGGGUCUCUGAUUUGUUUUAGAAGUUUCACCUACUCUUACUAGGGAGAUACGGCGACGCGCGUUCAUAAAAUGAGGAUUCUGCCUUAAUUCCAUUUGGUCUAUAUUCAUUUGGGUUGUUGUGUUAGUGAUCUUUUGGACGCUGAGGAAGUCUUGUUAUUUUGCUCUUUUUGAAUUCUGUGGAGGGUUGACACUCCAGUUUAGUACAUCAGUAGUCAAAUUUUCUGCAGUGAUAGCCUGCUUCGAAUUACCUGUGUUUCAGUUUGCCAAGGAGAAGAAAGGACUAAAGGAAAAGAUGAUGAAUAACAAGCUUACUGCCUUUAGCAUUGUUGGUUUCCAAAUCCAAGACUGGGUUAUUAGUGUGCAUUAAAACUUGUAUUCAGUGAUUCUUCUAACAAGAUCACCCUUAUAAUAUAUGUGUAUAUACAUAGCAAUUCCCCGGCAAUCCGCCAUGUUUAAGAUCUAAACUGCUUCCUCGGUGAUUUUGGCCAACUGUUGAGUGUUGACC